AUGAAGAAGAAGAAGAAGAAGGCGGAGGAGGAGGAUGGUGGUGGUCUAAGACUUUUCCACGAAUCAGAGCAAGGAUCUAAGUUCCUGAUAGCAGUGGUAUUUCUGGCUGUGUCAGCUGCCAUCUUCCUUUGUCCUCUCCUCAUCAACUCACCUUGCGUGAUCAAAAAGGAGAAUUUACCUGAAAAACCAAAACUCAUCGGCCACAGAGGCGCGCCAAUGUGUGCUCCAGAAAACACCAUGAUGUCGUUUCGCAAGAGCAUCGAGUGUGGCGUGACGGUGUUUGAGACAGAUGUGCAGGUCAGUAAAGACGGAUAUGCCUUCUUGAUGCACGACAAAGAUGGUGGGUUUUUGGACAGAACAACCGAUGUAAAAAAGAAGUUCCCCAGCACGUCCUUCCUCCAAAGCAGUUCGGUGACUUUGAAGGAACUGCACACUCUGAAUGCAGGUGGAUGGUUCAUAGAGACAGAUCCUUUUCAUACAGUGCACCUGCUGUCAGAAGAGGAGAAAGAAACAGCCAGGAGUCAGACUAUACCCUCUCUGCUCAAUCUCCUUCAGCUCGCCAAAAAUCACUCCAUCUCACUGAUCUUUGACUUGUAUAGUUCUGGGGAAAAAGACGCAGAGAUCGUAGUUCAAGACAUCUUAAAUUCUGGCAUUGACCAGCAACUGAUUUACUGGCUACCUCGAGAAAACAGAAGCUAUGUGAAGCAAAAAGCUCCACGUUUCAUCCAGAUAUACAAAAAUACAAGUGAGAUGAUUGAUGAAGGAGGACGCCACUUAAACAUGAAAUACAGCGACUUGAGUAUAGAGGAAAUCAGGGAACUUCGGAACCAGAACAUUUCAGUGAACCUUUGGGCCGUUAAUGAGCGCUGGCUCUUCUCUGUGCUGUGGUGUGCAGGAGCCAGCUCUGUCACCACCAACUCCUGCCACCUCCUGAAGAACAUGGAGCAUCCUGACUGGGUCAUGUCGCCUUAUGACUACAGAACAAAAUGGAUUGUAGUGGAUGUUUCAGCCAUUUUGAUAAUGAUGUGUCUCUACAUUCUUAAGCAGAAAAUUCACUGUUCCUGUCACAAACAAGAGACACAAAACAACAACAAUAAGGAGGAGAAAGAAACCUUUUCUCUUACCCAGAAUGCAGUUUGACGGUCUUCAGCAGCAGAUUUUUCCCAAUUAAAGCGUCCAUUUAUGUUUUUCUGCUCCACCACAACUGACUGGUGCUCCAUCAGGGAAGGAGUUCACGUGUCAUAAUUUUGUUGCAAAGCUGUG